CACUUCUAGUUCCCCAAUUCGAUUUUCACCUUGAGAUGCUGUCCUCUGGGCACUCCAACUCCAAAUUUCUUCAAAUUUCUUGUAGCAAUCACAGAUCCUUGUAUACUUGUUUUCUUCCUAGUCGCUUCCCAUACCAAAUGGGACAAUAACCCUCAGAUCAGUCGCAUGCCCGAAACCGCGUUUGUUAUCCUUGUGAUUCGGCAAGCACCUCUUAUCCCGCAUGCAGGUUGAGCAUCAAUCCCACCACCGCAAUGAGCCUUGUGGUCCAGUUCCUGUCAAGUAUCAGGGGAUUCGUCCUCGAGUUGAAUGGCGAUGAGCUUCGUAAUUGGCUACUCGUCGAGAACGAUGUCGCCAGCAUAUAUUUUGACAUGAGCAAUGAGCUGAAACGCGGCUUCCCCGGAAACUCGCCAGCACUCGAGAAUUUGAUCGAUAAAAGUCUACCCCAAGAAGACGAUGUGCCGGAGGGAAAGGGUUCCCCAUGGCCGGGGUUCAAUUCAUUCAUCAAAGAAUAUCUAGAGUACUGGCGGGAUGUGGAUUUCGCAGAUGUUGUUCGGCUGCAUUCCCGGCUCAGUGACCUGCUCAACUCCUGCGCAAAUGCUCUCGCGAAUCCCACCUACGGUACCGUGUUGAUACAGACCAGCAUGUCGCUUUCGGAGUCCCUCUCCAAGUUGGUUAUGAGCCUAACCCGGCAGCCCCAUCUGCUCGCACAGAUUCAGGGAGACAUGACUGGCGAGGAGUCCGGGGAGAGGAAGUCCAUCGUGGAGCUCGCAGCCGACAUUAUCCAAAAGAUCUUUACUUCCUGUCUGACAGACCGGUCCAGCACGAGGUGGUCAGAGCCAAAAGGGAAAAAGGUGGCUGUCUAUCAGUUUGCCAAUCUCACCCUGAAGUUGCUCUUUGCUUGCAACAAAAGCCGGCUUGCUGUACAGAUGUUCACCAACAUUUCCACGAGCGCACCGGCAUUGUCACUUUACCCUGCAUCUCAACGUGUUACCUUUCUAUACUACCUGGGCAGGUUCUACUUCGAUCAUGGACAUUACCGGCGGGCCGAAAUGUGUCUGGCGGAGGCCUACAGCCAGUGCCUGCCGCAAUUCCAAAAACAUCGUCGUCAGAUCCUCACCUACUGGAUCCCCGCCAACCUCCUCCUCGGCCGCUUCCCGUCGUGGGAUCUUCUCCGCCGCCCCGAGGCUGCCGGAUUUGCCGACAUCUUCGUACCCGUCUGCGCCGCCAUCCGAACGGGGAACUUUGUCCUCUUCCACCAGGCUCUCAACCUCAACCGUGACUGGCUGUGGGGCAGGGGCUUCUAUCUAACCUUCCUCUACCGUCUGAAGCCUCUUGUUUGGCGUUCUUUUACCCGCAAGAUCUUCAUGUUGACGUGGGAAGGAAGCGCGGACAACACAGACAACCGCGCGCCCCUGCUGUCGUUCGAGGAUGUCGUCACCGCAGCAGUGUACGUGCAGAAGCUCCUGGAGGGCUACGUCCCCGCGAAGCCGCCGGCGGGAGCGCGGCCCCGCCUGACGGCAAACGCCAACUCGCUCCUCGUCAAGGCCGUGACCAACAGCGCCGGGGCGGAGCCGGACACGGCAGAUUCCCUACUAGUCCCGCCGCCGGGAGGGCCCCGCCGGCUGAUGCCGUCCGAGGGCCUGAUCUUCGGCAACAAGCGGCCAGACCUCGAGAGUAUCGAGUCGAUAAUCGCGGGGCUCGUGUACUCGGGCCUGCUCAACGGGUUCAUCGCGCGCCAGCAGAAGCGGUUCGCGGUGGAGGGCGCCAAGAAGAAGGGCGGCAACGCGGUCGCGGCUGGGUGGCCCAUCCCCUACGAGAGUAUACUGGAACGGUUCCAGGAGGCAUGGCAAGAGGCUCUGGAUGCGUGCGACGCUGGGGAGCCCGUCGACCCGCCUGGCGCGCUGGAUGACGUCCCUGGUUGGGUGCGGGCUCCGUCAUAAGGCUCUUGUGGAUUGAUAGAUAGAGGUGGAACAGGGAAGAUCGAGACGAUGGGACCUAGUAAUAUUUUACGGAUCGAUCAGCACAUCGUC